CGCCGGACCUGAAAGAAUAUAGGUCGCUUGAGGAAAGGGGGCGGGCAGACGGAAUUGGACGGCGCCGGAAGUGGUCCUGCUGGGGAGGGGUGAGAGAGGGGUCGGCCGGGCAGUUCGCUUGGCUAUAGCUGGGAGCCUCGGGAAGGCGUGCUUUCACUCCUUUCCGAGAGUCUGGCCCAGUGUCCCCGUCUCGGCCAACAUGGAUUUCAGGGAAAUUCUCCUGAUAGCUUCCAAAGGACAAGGUGUCAACAACGUGCCGAAAAGGUAUAGUUUGGCAGUGGGGCCUCCCAAAAAAGACCCAAAAGUUAAGGGUGUCCAGUCAGCAGCUGUACAGGCUUUUCUGAGGAGAAAAGAAGAGGAGCUAAGGCGAAAAGCUUUAGAGGAAAAAAGGAGAAAAGAGGAACUAGUGAAAAAGCGAAUUGAGCUAAAACAUGACAAGAAAGCAAGAGCUAUGGCUAAGAGGACCAAGGAUAAUUUCCAUGGUUACGAUGGGAUUCCUGUUGAGGAGAAGUCAAAGAAGAGGCAGGCAAUGGAAAGUCACACUAGCCGGGGAACAGACCAAGAGUAUGAGAUGGAAGAAGACGAUGAAUUCUUUGAAUACAAUCAAGCAGAGUCAGAGCAGGAGUAUGAGGAAGAGCAAGAGCCUCCCAGAGCAGAAAGCAAACCAAAGGUCCCCCUUAAAAGUGCCCCACCACUCAUGAACUUCAGUGAUUUACUCAGGCUGGCUGAGAAAAAGCAGUACGAGCCAGUGGAGAUCAAGACUGUGAGAAAAACAGAAGAGCGGCCUAUGACUGCAGAAGAACUUAGAGAGCGAGAAUUCCUUGAACGGAAGUCUAGGAAGAAGAAACCUGAGACAGACACAAGACUACCUCCAAUCAAAAAGGCAGCCUCUCAUAAAGAAAGUGUGGGCACAAAACUUGGCAAAGGUUCUGGGGACAAGCAGCCUUCUGUUAAGGGUACUUCCCUUCUUCAUGCUGAGAAGAAACCCAGACCCAGCACAGCCAGUGAGAAACACCUUGGUUUGUCUUCAUCCAAAUCCAUGCCGGGGGAGAGGACCAAAGCAAGAACUGGCAGUUGCUCCCAACCGUUGCUUCGUGAGGGCCAUGACAGAUCUGUUUUCAAUGGGGCUGGAAAGCCCAACUGCAGCACCUAUUCACCAAGUGUCCCAAAGACUUACACUAAAGGGACUCAAAGAUCUGCUACUGAACACAAAGCCAAAAAAUCUCCUCCCCAUCCCAUCCAUUCCAGGCCUGGGCCUGUGGUCACCCCACACAAUAAGGCUAAGAGUCCAGGUGUCAGGCAGCCAGGGAGCAGCUCUAGCUCAGGGACUGCUCGGCCAACAGUUAGUUCUGGCUCCAUGCCCAGGCGACAGAAUGGCAGCUCCAGCUCAGGACCCAAGCAGUCAGUUGGUGGGACCAAGAGGCCAGCCAGUGACUUAAACCCCUCUGUACGGACAGUGAGUGGUGCGAGUUGCCCUGGGCGACCUGCAAGCAGCUCAAGUGGCCCUGGGCGACCCAUUAGUGGCUCAGGUGGUUCUGGGAAAUCUGUGGGCUGCUCUGGUGGACCCGGGUGGCCUAUAAGCAGUCCACAUGACCUUCGACGACCAGUGAGUGGGUCAGGUCCCCCUGGGCGACCAGUCAGUGGUCCUGGGCGGUCACUAAGUGGCUCAGUUCCAACUGGACGGGCUAUCAGUUCAGGCCCUGGAAGACCAGUGAGCAGCUUGGGACCUGGACAAACAGUUAGUAGCACAGGUCCCCUCCUGAAGCCCAAGUGCACUGUUGUCUCAGAAACAAUUUCUUCCAAGAAUAUAAUUAGCCAGUCCAGCAAUGGACAGAUGAAUGGAAUGAAGCCUUCCUUACCUGGCUACAGAUCUGUCCAAGGUCCUCAAAGGCAUCCCUUCCCUGGUGGUUACAAAAGGCAGCGAGAAUACGAAGAGGAAGAUGAUGAUGAAUAUGACUCUGAAAUGGAAGAUUUUAUCGAAGAUGAAGGAGAGCCUCAGGAAGAAAUAUCUAAGCACAUUCGAGAAAUCUUUGGCUAUGACCGAAAAAAAUACAAAGAUGAAAGUGAUUAUGCCUUACGUUACAUGGAGAGUAGUUGGAAAGAGCAGCAAAAGGAAGAAGCAAAGAGUUUAAGACUGGGUAUGCAAGAGGACUUAGAGGAAAUGAGACGUGAAGAAGAAGAAAUGAAGCGCCGAAAGGUCAAGAAGCUGAAGAGGCGUUAGCUGCUUUUAUUUAUUUUUGUGAAAUUCUGGAGACACUCUGCUGCAAGGAAGUCCUGCCUUCAGACUGAAGAAGCCCCCUUAUCAUUUUAGAUUUAUACUUGGGUACUCAAGGAGAAAGAAUGCAUACUGUCAUUUGAGCAUAAAGUAUUGUCAAAUACUUUCCAGGGUGAAAUCUGUAGUGCAGAUGAUAAAAUGCCCAGUGAGUGAUAUAAUGCUCUUACGAAGUUAACUGUUCACAGGUGCCAGCCUUGAUCCUGAGGAGCUAUGCACUCUAAAUGUGGGGCCGCUCACCAGUCAGCCAAUCAUGCAUCGUUCUUUGGUACUUCAAGGGAAAAAAAAAAAAGAUCGUCUCUUGACUUCCAUAAUUCUGCUGAUGUGUGAGUAGAGCAUUUCCUGGCUCCCAGCAAACUUACUGUCUUUUUAUGAGGAACCUGGCCCCCUUCCAUGAAUGUUGCCAGCAAUAAAGUGACCUGUCCUAAUCUAUAUGUUUGGAUUGAGUGAGAACUUGAAAAUGUAGAGUAGGCCUUACAAUGAUAUGGAUGUCAUCUCUGUGACUUUGAAGUAAAAAGUAGAAUAAAUUACAUUCUGCAUUAUUCAUGGAUUGGAUGCUGAGCAUUCUUGUUCACUAAUUAGGCAAUUAGGAAAUUAUAAAUUUUUCCAUGUUAAAACACAAGGUAUGCCAUUUACUAUGAAAAUAUUCUUUUCCAAGUUUUCCUUUCAGAUUUACUGUUAUGUUAGCUUUAGUGUAAAAUAGACAAGGUCACUGUGCUGAUUUUUAUCUAAAAAUUCAUUUUUAUAUUAAAGAAAAAAGUACUUAUUUUAUUCAAACAUUAGAUUUGGAAGAGUAAUAGUUUAAAAAAUAAGAAAGUGAUGUGAGGCUCCCCUUCUCCUUAUUCCCCUCUCCUAUUAUAAAGAUAUUUUGGAAAAAGAUGCCCCUGUACCUCUUAAUGACUGCAUUUUUAUCUUAAAUUCUUUAGAAAUUGCAAAAACCAAAAAACAAUUCAUGUUUAUCAAGAGCACCACUUUCUCUUCUUGUCCACAUUGCACUUUUAUUUCAAACUAUGCACUGUGAAGAGGUUUUUCCCCCAGGUAGUAAAGCAUGUUCCCUGUUACUGGUGUUUUACUGGGCUAUGGAACUUUCUUCAUUCUUACCUUCCUUAAAGUCAUGUCUAUAGACUUGAUAUCUCUUAAGCCUCAAAGAAAAUCAGCAACAGAAAAUGAGAUAGGAUGAUGCUAGAGUGCAUUUGUCCUUGAUUCUAAAUGUGGAGGGUAGGAGACAGUGGUAUAUAGGCUUGUAGAACAGUUCUAUAAUAAACAUUGCAGCUGUCUUAAGCCAUUGGGAUGGUGAGGAUUAACAAGUAGGAGAGGUUGUCCUACAAAGAUUCCUUACUUUUCAGCAGGUCCAAAAGUUGUUUUUGUGUAUCCUUUUUAUCCAUAAAGCUUUCUUUAUUGAAAUUUGAGUAUUAUAGAUGGUCAUCACUAGCUUCCCUUAAUUAGACGACCAUGUAUCCCAUACCUAACUUAUUUUGAAUUGAGUUUCAAAUUUUGAAAAUGCUAGGAUUUAAGUUUGAAAUUGAAUCCUAUGAAAGGUGUCUUUGUCACUGGGAAUAACGUCCCUUAGUGCUCCACACAGAACUGUAAAACUGGUGGCAGAAAAUCCUGUUGACUACAUUUCACUCAUCUCAGAUACCUUCAGUGAAAUUGAUUUCAGUGUAGUGUAAUAAAACAGGUUUGGGACAUUAUUUCCUUUAUUGUCACUUAGAUGGUCCUCCCCCACAAGUUUUUUUUCUUGUAUCUGUUUUUUUCAACAUUCAGUCUCUCUGAAAUCCAUAAUUAUAAUCAAAUAAUUGUCAAACCUGAAAGAUUUCUGGUGGCUUAAGGUUUACUAGCACUUUACUCAAUGAUAUUGUGCAGUUAUUUGUACAGAAAGGCACUGUUGUGCUAGAUGAAAGUUCGAGAACUUGGUAGGAAGUCAGGUUGUGUCCUUAAGUGUCUGUCACCUAUGAGUGCAUUUCUUCUAUAACAGAUGUGUUCUUCAGCAUCAGCAUUAUAAAAAGAUACUCAGUAGCUCAUUUAAAAAAACUUCUGAGCCUUGUAAAUUAAUUUUGGUCUAGUUUCCAAAUCCUGUCUUCCAUUUUGUUCUGUAGUUUCAGGCUGUCCUUAUAAAAAGCUGACAAACCUCUGAAGAAACUGGAAUAGGCUGUUAUUUUUAUCAAGGUUUACAAAUUAAGUGCUUGAUUUUUAAUAUGUCUUCUAUUGUUUUGAUUUUCAGAUUUUAUUAAUUCAAUAUUUGAAGAUGUGCCUUUUAUUGGGUAAUGUUAAUUCACGAAUGUAGUAAUGUUAUUUCACGAUUGUAAUAAUGUUACAUGAUCAUGGGUGCGGCAUUCUCUAACAGAUGAUGUGAAGGGAAAGUAGUUUUCAUAAAACUCGAAUGGCUCUUAUUGCACAGUCCCACUUUUGAUGUUGCUAAGUCAAAGCAAGGGGCACUUUCUUUUAUGGCUACUUUCAGAACUUGUCUUUGUAUUUUCUCUAAACUAUAAAUGCAAUUAUGUCCAUUUGGAGGCCAGGGUACCACAUGUCACAGGCAGCCUUACAUGUGUGCCAUGAAAAGGUUCAAAGACUGUUAACAAAAAAAGAAAGUCUAUGGGAACUAGAAAUUUCACUUUUUAAAUGUAAUCCCCAAGAUUUUCUCCAAGAAAUAAAUUACUCUUUUGUAUUUUGUAACUUAAAAGCAGCUAUUAGUACAUUUCUGAGAUACAGCAGGAGACCAAAAUGAGUUCAGAAAGAGAAUAAAUAUAUGAAGAGAGACUGGUUGGUUUAUUUUCAAUGUACUGAAUAUAUUAGACUACUAUUUAUUUUGUGAGUGGAUGUGAUGAAAUAAAUAUUCAGGUGUUUAGUGAAUGAUUAAGAAUGGGAUAUAGAUUUCUUUGGAGUUAUUAAAUCCAUCAUGUCUUUACAUAAUGGACAAAUCAAGUUAAAAAAAAUUUACAUAGCUUAGCUUGUUUUCUGGUGCUGUUGAUCUGCAAGAGAAUCUACUUUUGCAUACACAGGUGAAAGUUUUGCAAUUUAUGUAUAAAAUAAAUUGUAGGUAUUAAAAAUAUUUUAUUGAUAUUUUCA